GGUUUUGACGCUCUCUCCUCUCCCACCCUUCCACUACGCCCCGAACAUCCCACCCCCCGACACGCAACGACGGACCCAAUUUUUUCCUCCGCCUCCGGAUUUCCCUGCCCCCGCCCCGCCCCGCCCCGCCCCGUCCUCUCGCCUCUCGAUCCGAUCGGGGCCACGGCCCGGGAAUGGCGGCCGAGUCGUCGGCGGCGGCCGGCAUGCGGAAGGCGCCCUCCAUGGAGUGGCGCUGGGUGUCCGCGGGGGAGGAGGAGGACGACGAGCUGGAGGGCCGCCGCGGGGAGGGCGGCCCCGCGGCCGUCGGGGCGGCCGGCAGGGGCGGCAGCUUCGAGUCCGAGGACGAGGAGGACAACGUCGACUACGAGGACGAGGACGAGGAGCAGCGGGAGGCCAGGCAGCGCCUGAUCCGCACCGUGCCCUCCGUCGACUGGUUCGACGUCGAGGGCAACGAGGUCUCCGGCGCGCAGCAGCUCGAGGACCCCGAGGAGUUUGAUUUUGGCAGGACAGUAUUUCUUGCUCUUCAGACUCUUGCUGUGGUUUUUGGAGAUAUUGGAAUAAGUCCUCUGUAUACAUUUGAUGUCAUGUUCAACAAGUACCCUAUUCUUGAGGAGGAGGAUGUGCUGGGAGCACUCUCACUAGUUCUGUAUACUCUGAUUUUGAUGCCAUUGGUGAAGUAUGUCUUGGUUGUCCUUUGGGCCAAUGAUGAUGGUGAAGGUGGUAUAUUUGCCAUGUAUUCUUUAAUUUGUAGAAAUGCAAAAGUGAGUCUCAUUCCAAACCAAGUACAGGCUCAGGCUGAGAAGAGGAUGUCAAGUUUCCGUCUCAAGCUUCCAACAGAUGAGCUUGAGAGGUCCAUAAAAGUAAAGGAGAAACUUGAAUCUUCACUCUUGAUGAAGAAGUUACUUUUAGGCUUAGUACUUUUUGGGACUGCCAUGUUUAUAUCCAAUGGAGUUAUCACACCAGCAAUGUCAGUGCUGUCUGCUGUCAGUGGCUUGAAAGUUGGGAUACCAAAGGCCUCACAAGAUGUUGUGGUGAUGAUUUCAAUUGCACUUCUUAUAGUCCUGUAUAGUCUACAGAGAUAUGCCACUAGCAAAAUAGGAUUUGUAGUUGGCCCUUGUUUGCUGAUAUGGUUUUGCUGUCUUGGAGGAAUUGGCAUAUGUAAUCUCAGUAGAUAUGGCCCUGCAGCUUUUAAGGCGUUUAAUCCUCUAUACAUUAUUUAUUAUUUUGGGAGGAAUCCCUUUCAGGCCUGGCUCUCCCUUGGUGGUUGUCUUUUGUGUGUAACAGGAUCUGAGGCUAUCUUUUCAAAUCUUUGCCACUUUCCUGUACGAUUUGUUCAGUCUAUGUUUGUUCUUCUUGUUCUUCCUUGCCUUGUCUUGGCCUAUUUAGGACAAGCUGCUUUCCUCAUUGCAAACCAGAAGACACCCGAACAUAUCUUCUUUGCCUCUAUUCCACGGAAUGCUUUCUGGCCUGUUUUCUUGCUUGCUAAUUUAGCUGCGCUGAUUGCCAGUAGGACAAUGACGAUUGCUAUAUUCCAAUGCCUAAAGCAGUCCAUAUCACUUGGUUGCUUUCCUCGGCUCAAAAUUGUCCAUACAUCUCGAAAAUUUAUGGCUAAGAUAUACAUUCCCGUCGUAAACUGGUUUCUGCUGGCUUCCUGUUUGGGCUUUAUUCUGCUCUUCAGAAGCACAUCUGAUGUCGGCAAUGCAUAUGCCAUAGCUGAAAUUGGGGUGAUGAUAAUGGCCACGAUCUAUGUUACAAUCAUAAUGCUUCUAAUAUGGGAAACCAAUAUUAUCAAGGUCAUGUCAUUCCUUAUCACAUUCCUAUCCUUGGAGCUGAUUUUCUUCUCAUCAGCUCUGAGUAGUGUUGGGGAUGGAGGUUGGGCACUGUUGGUCUUUGCAUCUGGUCUUCUCAUGAUUAUGUUCAUCUGGAACUACGGAACCAAACUGAAAUAUGACAGUGAACUCAAACAGAAGCUUUCAAAAGAUUUAAUGAGAAAACUGGGGCCCAACCUUGGCACAAUGAGAGCGCCUGGACUAGGCUUGGUGUACAGUGAGAUAGUGACAGGAGUUCCUGCAAUUUUUGGCCAUUUUCUGACCGCCCUCCCUGCUAUCCACUCAAUAAUUGUAUUCGUGUGCGUCAGGAAUGUACCAGUGCCUGCGGUUCCCCAAAGUGAAAGGUUUCUUUUCCAGCGUGUCUGUUCAAGGGGCUAUCACAUGUUCCGCUGUAUUGCCAGAUACGGGUACAAAGACAAGAAACAAGAGCACCAUAACACAUUUGAGCGCCUUCUGAUAGAAGGCCUUGAAAAGUUCAUACAGCGGGAGGCUGUAGAGUUGUCCCUACAGAGUGAAGAUGAUGUCGACUCUGAUGAGGAGCCUUCAACCCCUGGACAGAUAAUCACUGCACCAAACGGCAGCGUCUACUCACUUGAUGCCCCUCUCCUGGUGGACUUUACGCCUUCAGUAGACUCGAUUCCUGAAACACCCAGUUGCUCAACGCCUCAAGACCCUGCGUUGGAUUACACACAGAACCUUGAACUGGAGCUAGCAUUCAUCAAGCAGGCCAAGCAAUCUGGAGCUGUCUAUCUCAUCGAUAAUCCCAUAGUCAAAGCCAGGAAGGACUCGUGGUUCUUCAAGAAGUUGACCAUAAACUAUUUUUUCGCGUUCCUGAGGAACAAUUGCCGCAGGGCGAUCGUGUCCAUGAGCAUCCCGCACUCGAAUCUGCUGCAGGUGCGCCUGACCUCUUAUGUCUGAACGCAAAACCAACCGCUUCAGCACAGGUUGUUUUGUUCAUGGCAAUCUACUUAUCCAGUAGAGAUUACACUAACCAUAUAUAAAGGAACGACAAUGGUGAUUGAUGAAAGAAAACCACUCAACUUUCCUGGCUUUAUUCAGAAGGUGAUAACUAGGACGGUAGGAGCCAUUCGCUCCUGUAAGUUUUGUACGGUGCCGAAACAUAGCGGGCAUUGUGGCAGCAGGCAGGCACAUCACACAAUGAUGUAUUUAACCUGUAUAUUUCCCUUGUGCAGCAGAUUGUUGUGUGCUCCUUUGAUUUUGUGGGGCCAGUUUUGUUGUUUGCGAAAUGAGAGUGCUAGCUGAAAAGGAUCAUUAGGUCAUAUAUAUCACAUAUACAUAUGUACAUUUUUUA